AUGAGGCCCAAAUCAACCCACAGCCCCAACAAGGCAGGGACUCGGGGCAGCAAGAACUCUCCUGCCAAGGGCAACACUUCCGAGGGACGGAUCCUGCGAUCGCGUACGGUUAGCGGUGAGGUUAGCCCCGGCUCCUCUAACAAUGGCUCGCCGCGGUUACGAAGGACGUCCACGGCCUCAUCCGCAAGCGUGGACGAGCAGAGCACGAGACAAUCAACUGUGCGCCAAACUGCUGCUAAUAGCAAGAACUCCAGCCCGAAAUCCAGGACGAGUCCAAGAACGAGAAACGAGAGUGGGAAGGCUGCUCAGUCGCCAAAAUGUACUCGGACUAGAGAGGAGGUGUCUCCGGUCCAGGCGUCCUCACCAAACCCAAAACGUGUCAGAAGAAACUUGAACGAAAGCUUCGACGCAGACUCUAAAACAGAGACCACAAAGCAGGAAGCUAAGAAUAGUGUCGAUGGGAAGGUAGAGAAUGGUAUGAAUGGUUCCUCAGGUUCUGUCAAACCUACAGACUCCAGCGAAUCAUCAGCAGGCACCUGCAGCAGCUGCGGGAAAACACCUGUAUGCGGAAACCACAUAGCCUGUAGUACCAAAAAUACUGAGGAUGAAUCCAUACAAGCUUCUGUAUCAUCAGAACAGACAAAACACUUGUGUAAAUGUAGAACACAGACUAGCUCAGGCACUAGCCAAUGCAAACACAAGGACACAUCAUCAGGCAGCUCAGAACUCAACUCAUCAUUGAGAAACAAUGAACAUGGAGUAGUAGUAGUAACACAGGACCAAGAGAAGCUUCUUGCCUCGGGAGGCGAGAGUAAGUCUAAAGAAGAGGAAGGAGUGGACGAUUCUUUUCCCACUGUUGACUAUAGGAAAUUGGACAAUGAGGACUAUUCACAACCAUUCUACUUUGAGUCAGACCAUGUAGCUCUUAAAGACAACAAAGAGUACCACCUCAUGUUGAAGACACUUGUCAUGUUGGAGGCACAACGUUCCCAGGCAGUGCAGGAUAUUGACAGACUGGCUGUGAAGGAGGAGGAGGCCAUGAAAGAUCCUGUUGACUUUGUUGAGAAACUUCAGUGCAAUGCUGUUUCUUUGCCCAGGCCCCAGAAUGUCUUGAACCUGCCAUCGAUCCAGUGGGAGAACUAUGCAGGCUGGGUGGGGAAGGUGGACCCCAGUCUCUUCAUGCCAGCCAAGAGACAUCUUACACGCACCAAGAGGCAGCCUGAAGCGACCAUCACGUCAUCAGACAGUGCGUCUAACUACGGGGAGGGCAGCUCCCAGCAGGGCACCAGUCGAGCGGAGGACGGACCACAGAUCGUCAGGGGCCGGCUCAGGGGGCCAUCUAAACCUGCCACCUUCAACCAGCUGUGGACCACAGAGGAACAGAGGAAGCUGGAGUACCUGCUGGAGGUGUUCCCACCUGAGGAGAUCGAGGCUCGCAGGUGGCAGAAGAUCGCAGAGGCCCUGGGGAACAGGACGGCAAAACAGGUUGCGAGUCGUGUACAGAAAUAUUUCAUCAAGCUGGCCAAGGCAGGUCUCCCCAUACCAGGCAGGAUGCCAGCCAACAAUCACACCUUCAGUAAAAAGUUACCUUUCAUGAAAUACCGUAGACACGACGUGUUCCGGCAGGCCCUGUGCCAGCCCUCCACCUUCAUGACAUCACACCUGCCUCCUGUCUACAUGUCUGAUAACGAUGACGACAGCACCAGUCAGUCUACCAGCCAGCUGGACUGGGAACAGGAAACUGAUGAUGUGUCUGAUGAUGAGAGUGUGCCAGUAGAGCUGAGACAGACGGAGGACUAUCGGGAACUCAUGAGGCUCAAACGUCUCAAGAUGGUCAAGGAACGGAGGAGGAAGCAGGAGGAGUCCCUGGGAAUUACACAGCAUGUAGGAUAUAGGUGUGAUCGCUGUGAGUCAGACCCCAUCAUGGGUGUGAGGUGGCACUGUCUGGACUGUCCAACUGACCGGGCUGUGGACUUCUGCCAGGACUGUGUGGACUGUGACCACGAGACAGAAGUGCACAAGUCCUACCACCGGUUGGAGCCCAUCUCUCACAUGUCUGAACACACAUACAUGGACAUGGACUAUACACGCUUCUCUGUCAAGACUGGAGACUACAACUACCUCGACCCAAACUACUUUCCCUCCACCUCCUGACCUGACCACCCCCCAUUGAACAAUGUACAGUUCCACAAUCCCAGAUAUCAUUGGUGGUGAUAGCUGCACUUUGGGAUGUUACAUUUUAUGACAGGGCUGGCAGGAUUCCUCUCUUGCUGUUCAGAUUCACCCAGCUACCUUAUCUAUUUCCUGUAUAAACUACUCACAAUGUAGAACUUUGUAUCGCUGUAACACCACGGCAAGGUGGAAGACUUUGCAUAUAGUUCCCCUUCAUGUUAGCUUUCCAACUUGUUCUGGUGUCUAAGUUAGCAGCAGGUAACCUAUCAACUUAUGCCAACUUGUCGGGGACUCUAUCAACAGUUUCACUGUGGAAUUAUGGAUCAUUUUCUCUAUCCAACAUCUAUAUUUGAAAAGAAUGUAUCUAACCAACACAAAAUGUAGUAUAUAUAAGAUAGUGGUGCCAUUUCACAUCAUUUUUACUGCUUUUUUUCUGAAUUAUGUUCCUCCAAAGUGAAUACUGUAGUGCAAUUAAUGCUGUGUACUUGUAUUAGCUGUCUCCUGAUUAUCUGUGUUGAAAAAAGAAGUACUAGUACUAGUUGCCAGUUUGCAUUAUUUCCUUGAAACAGGUCUGAAUUUUUUUACAAAGUCUUUAUAAACUUCUGGAGUAUUUUGAAGGGUCAUGCCCGCAUAACAUUAACUAGAAUGAUUGAUUAGAAAACUCAAAGUCUGAUUUAUUUAAACUAAAUGUUUCUUUCCAAAACAUAUAUAUUUGACAAGUGUGAGUUAAGUGUUGUGUUGCUUCAUAUGAUACAUUUGUAUGUGUCACUUGUUUUUCCUCUGUUUGUGGUAGAAUCUCUAUGUCAAUUCCUAUUGAUUGAACCAAAAACACAAACUAGAAGAAUCAGGCAUAGGCCAACUAUUUCCUCAGAUGUAUUGUAUUUAAUAAUUGCUGUUGGUCAUUUCAUGAAGUUGACUUGUGAUAAUUCCUUUUGUAUAAGAAAGUGCAGGUGUUCCAAAUGUCUAUGCUAUGGUAAUGUGAUAUCUGUCCAGCAUUGAAAAUUCCAUUCUGUCCUUCCUCUAUCCUAUAACCUUCUUUUGGCUGUAUUGUCAUAGGAAAAGCAAGUUUGGAUAUUUUGUCAUUUAUCUGAUAUACUGUAUGGCUAUACAUUGUAUGUCUUUGUUUCAUGAUAAUGUUUCUUGAUAUUUUCACUAACUUUCUAGGCCUUGGAUAGACAGUAUCACCAAUAAAAUGAAUGUAGAGCAAACAAAAAGUGGCCAGAAAACCUAUGAUAUUAGAGGGAUAAGAUUAUCUGGUUUUGCCGUGUGUUGUGUUUU